GUGGGAAGCGGGUUUCAAUUUCAAACCCAAACAGUCCGGGGGACGUGCCAGUGGCUUGUGGGAUAACGUCUAAAGCAACUAGUUACAGCGUUACAGCAUUCGUAACGUUAUUUAAACAUAAUCCAGGACGGCGUCGUUACCAUCGGCCGCGGUUACAGUCCACAGAAUCCGCGAAGAAAAGUCGCCCGCCGCGUCCUCGUUUUAGUUUUCCGCGCCUGGUUAAUUUGGAUGACAAACCGACGCUUGGCUUGUUUGCUGCAGGUGUUGACCAAUCCGGAUACCGCAUCACAUUAAAACUACUCCUGUGUUGUAAUUACACAUAUAUCUGACAUAGAAAGCCAUUUCUGCAAGAAACAUGCCGAGGUCCAACAGGCAAAGAGAAUACACACCUGGAGAUCUUGUAUUUGCUAAAAUGAAGGGGUAUCCACACUGGCCUGCGAGGAUUGACGAGUUACCUGAAGGAGCCGUUAAGUCCCCCUCAAACAAGUACCAGGUGUUCUUUUUUGGAACGCAUGAGACGGCAUUCCUGGCAGCCAAGGAUUUGUUCCCGUACGAUGAACAUAAGGAAAAGUUUGGAAAAGCAAAGAAGCGGAAAGGCUUCGCUGAGGGACUCUGGGAGAUCGAGAACAACCCCACUGUCACACACGAAGGCUACGAGUCAUCGAAGAAGGACAAUGCGUCUGAAGGAGCAGGGGAUACAGGUAGUUCGGAGAAAGCAGAUGCCGAGGGCAGCAGUGAUGAGGAUGAAGGAGCCCUGGUCAUCGAUGAGAAGAACGAGAGGGGAGGAACUAAACGAAAAGCAGAGGAGUCCACGGAGGCAUCUCCCAAGCGGCCGAAGGAUGCAGAGGCGGAAGGUGACUCUAAAGUAGACGGCAACAAGUCGAACGCAGAGGCCAAGCUCAAUGAUGUGGCUGGACCCAAGGCAACUGCUCCCUCCUCACAGAGCGAGUCAAAAGCAGAGGCCCAGGAAAACGCUCCGGCAGGAGGCCAACUAACAGCAGAUAAGCCUGUGACAGACAGUGCUUAACAUCAACUCACACAAGAAAACCAAGAAUCUUUGAUGCUUUUCUCUGGAAUUCAAGCGUCAACAUGAUUACCUGCAGGAUGCCCGAUUUCAGCUGUUUAAUUAAUAGGAGAAUUUUAAAAACCUAAGUGUUUGUAUUGAGAGACAAACCAAUCCUCAUUUGCCAUUUUUGGGAUAUCAUAUAUCCCAGAAACAAAAAGUUUGCUAAUCUGAUUUCAAACAAUUGAAAUGAGCACUUUAAGGCUCGUUUAUAAAUGGAAUUUUGGUGUGUAUAUAUUUUUUAUUUCUAAGUGCAAUUACAUAAUUAUGAAGACUGAAUGCUAGGUGUCAAAAACAUUUUUCAAUGUAGAAGGAAUCACUGAAUAUAUAGUAAAUAAAAAAGGAACAUUUAAAUCACAAAAAAAGAUAAAUACUCUCAUCUGAUGGUUUUAAAACUUAGA